AUGUGCCAGCGUUGUGUCAGGGAGGAGUACCCAGACAGGGAAUCCUUGUGUGUUGACCAAGGUUCUUACAUGAUCAAUUUUCUGAAAUGUUUUGAGUGUGGAUCGCAGGAUCUUAAGAUGGCCAACCGGUCAUGCACGGAGGCAGAAGACGAGGAAGUGAUUCACUAUCAGCAUAUCUGUGUGUUCUGUGAACAUCUCGUAGCAGAGCAUGAGCACACCUUUAAAGUUGAUGGAGAAUUUCAGGUGUAUGAGAUGUCUUGUCUGUUAUGUGGGUCAGCCGAUGACCAGAGGAGUAUCAUGCCCAUUGAUCCGAGAGGUCCAGUUAUGUGA